GAGGGCGCGAUCUGUCCGUGUUCAUUGCUGUCCAGAUUCGGCUUGGCGCGCAUGAGGACUUUCGGCCCGCUUUCACUGCCUAUCAAACAUGGCUGUGAUCCGCUCCUCGCAGCAGCGCAUUCUUCGCUGUACAUUUGUUGCGACAGCCAGGCACAGAAACUAUACUAGUGAUUGUCUUUCUGAGAGGGGCUUCACAAGGCUAUCUUCGAUGCUGAUAUAGCGACACGAAGCAAAACCACUCGCCGGUCUAGCCGCUUCGAAGUCGAAGCUGAAGCAUCAAUGGAUGGUCAUCAUCGGGCGCAUUUCGCUUUCCCGCUCUCCUGCUGCACUUCAGCACUGCCACCUGCGACAAUGUGUGCUCACAAUACCCUAUUCCAACAACCAGACUGUCACACGAUCAUCAAGAGUCCGACAUAGCUCGUCCUCCGCGAAGACACCGAAUCUUUUUACUCCUUCUACUCCUUCUGCUCGGGAUGAUCCGCAACUCAACAGGAUCGGGAAGGCAGGAAGCGAGGGGCGCCGGAUACCUACAUCCUCGAUCAGUCUGUACGACGACGACUUCGCAGGCUGGCCCCAAUUGAACGAGCAAGGAAAUUUCCCUGACAAUGAUGAUGGAUUUGCCGAAGAAGAGACUGAAGCGUAUGCCGCCACAGAGCUGACCUUGGAUUCGAAUGGCGCCAGUAGACGGACUGGUAAUCAAAAUUCUUUCCUCGGCACGCAGCUCGACAAUCUCCUUUCCAUUUUCAUGCCUUCGCAUGCUCGCCACAAGAAAGCCGACCUAUCAUACGUCAAUCCUCUUGAGUGGGAACAGAACGUUCGCAAGCUUGAGCAUCCGGCUACAUUGUCGUUCAGGAAGUCCACACCUCUCCGUGGCAUGGUACUUGACUAUCUCCACCACGUCGAACCAGCUUUCCGCAACUCAGCAAUCUCUCUUGACAGUCCCGACGUCGAACCACAUCUUGCGAGCGCCUUACGCAGCGUAUUUUACGAGAAGAACCUUGAACUUCUUGCCGAGCUCGGAUAUGAAGCGACUGACGUGGCAGCUUGGGCCUGGGUUUUCUCUUCGGGGGACGUUGAAGUCGCUGUGCGCCGAUAUAUAGCUCUGGCAAACAAGUCUAGUGGGACACAGAGUGGUCGAAUCCCGAAGUUCGUCCUCUUGCAGAUCCUGCGCGCUGCGAACAUCAGCCAGAUGGCCUUCAAGGACCUCAUCAGAAGCAUUUUGAGCGACGUCCAAUGCUGUAAAGAAGCGCAGCAGUAUCCUGGAUGGCUGUGGACGAGUAGAGUGUGUCUGGUGGUUCGACUUCUCCGACAUGCUCGUCAAGCGGCUCCGGAUUGCUUCCACGACAUCAGCUUGAUCAUUGAACAUCUGUUCUCUGACUUUUACCUAGGUCAAGAUCGUCCACUCGAACGCCCUGAACUGAGACGGUUGACACACAUUUUCAACCGGUUUCUUUCGCUGAUCGCUCUAUCCACUUUCAGGACGCCCUUCAGCACGUAUCUGAUGCAACAAAAUGCACAGCUUGCGUUGAUUAGGCUCAUGGCUAACUUCAAGCCCCAGUUACCCCUGACACGUGAAGGUUAUCGUGCGCUCGCAGCUGUGCAAUUACUCCACCCAAAGACUGGCCAUGAAAGGACAUGGGCGGAUGCGAAAUCACCAGCAUGGCCACCAUGGCGACGUAUCAAAUCUGGAAUUGAGCAGGAUCUCGAGUAUCCCGGCAGGGACAGCCGCGUUAUGAAGCUGCUGAGGCGGAUGAAUCAAGCAGGGUACACCCAUGGCCUGUGGGACCAAAGUGCUGCUGUUUUGGCAGGGUGGGACACGGACAAGAGCCCUACAAUUCAAACACGAGCACUAUUGAUGCGACAACAGAAGCCUUGGACUACUCCACGGCAGUCAACCAAUUCUCUUGACGGCCAGUCUCAUGAUGCGGCAGAAUUGUGGGCCGCGCGGAUUCGAGCUACCAGAACAAAACGAGAAGCUUGGGCUUCUUUCUGUGCCUAUGAGAAAUCUACAGAGGUGUCCAAACGACGAUAUCAACCGUACUUUGCAAUGUUUGACAAGCUACUCGCUCAAACUGCAUCAGCAUCAUCAGGUUUGGGAUCCAAAUACCUUCCAGGAGACGUCAAGGAGGUGUUCGAAGACCCUACAAAUCCGCGAGAUCUCAUCUAUGUCGAAAAGGAGCUUCCUAGCGUGGAUCAAUUCUACCAGGACAUGUUACAGGCCGGCAUUUUUCCAGGAGGCAGUCUUUUGAGCAAUCUGUUGGAUCAUGCUCCAAACAUAGAAGCUGGUUUGUCCUAUAUUCACGACAGUCGUUGGGAUGCCGUGACGAAAGACGUCCUUCGGCAUGCUGAAAAGUAUCCAUCUACCAUCAUCCGCGACGCCGUCGAUCGCAUUCCUGGUCUUUGCUUAGCAGCUUUUGUCUGGUUGUUAUGCAGGCAUGGCUAUCAUACGCAUUCAACCUUUUCCAUCAAAGUCAAUCUGUCCAGUGAGGAUCAAAACCCCCAGAGAAGCAACCAACAAACUGUCUCUCCCUUGAGAUACGCAUGGCAACUUCUGGCUGUUGGGAGAAAUACUGACAUUCGUGCUUGGAACGCGUUUCUUAAAGGAGCUGGAGCCUGUCUUCGAGACGUCAACAACAAGUCCAAAAGUCAAUCCCUGUCCCAUAGCGAUACACGUGUCAUGAAACAGGAAAUCUGGCGUCUUCUGUGGGACUCUUUACAAAGUGAUGCAAAAUCGAAUAUAGAUGCAGACCUCGAAUCCUUUCGACAUUUGGCAGGUAUCAUGAUCCUCCUUGUCAGAGACGUGAACCAACGCCGUCUCCACAUACCGUCCCGACGACUUGGACUGCUCACCAAGUCGGUGUUCAUGCGUGCCAUCUAUGGCCAUCCAACCGACACCUUCCUUCCGUCUUCGAAGCUUCCCAUCCUGAAGUAUCCUGACGGAAGCGAUCUGAGGCUGAUGCUCAGGGUUCUAGUCUCGACUAGUGAUGUUGAGGGGAUCAUAGCUUUGGUGGCGUGGAUCAACCAACAUGCCGACAGCUACACACCGCAAGACGGACAACGUGCAACGGGCGAUGGCGGUCGAGAUCAAUCUUUGUUCCGCUCGUUAUUGUGCAUCAUCCGGCUCUUCCUAGAAGGCAGUCCGGCAAAGCCCGGCGACAAGGACGGGAAUGUAUUCGAGACACCCUUGACCGUGAAGCCAGAAAUGGUUCGACAGGCUCGGGAUCUCUGUGAGCCUCUGGGCUGGCCUUCAGACGAGGAGGUUGAUGCCUUCCUUUCACGUGAAACGGACUGGAUGGCACGAGUUGCUCGGAUCGUGGACAAAGACAUUCACAGAGAGCAGCAAAAGGACAGCAAGUCCGGCUUCGACGACAAUACGAAUGACACCGGAGCGGAAAGCAAUGCAGAUCAUCAAAAUGAACUUGUCUCAAACGACAAAGUCAAGAUUAGGAAGAUAGCUGCGUAUUAGUGUUAAUGGCUAUAGAGUGAAGCUUGUAUCGAGUAUGCCUCCCAGUAUUCCAGAGAUGGAUCGUUACUCUUACAGUCACUGUUACAAAGUUUUGCACUACUCACAAUCAUUCGCAGGUUGUGGUAGUAGCACACGGGACGAGGCUGGCUACAAUGCUCUACGGGUGGACAAGGCUGUACAGUACCUCGGCAUAUCCCUCCAUGGUGCUUCCAAGUAGACCUCCCUUUUCGUUUC